GAUUUGACUCGAGACUCGUUUGUGUCUUGAAAGGAAUGACUUGGUUCGUCCUCUGGUGAAAUCAGCUGCUGAAUAAACACAUGGCAGGACUUUUACUUUCUGACCCCUGGACUUCACACCUCUGUCUGUAAUAUAUCUGCUUGUGUUACACUCUUUGGCCAGCAGGUGGUAUUGUGAGCAAAUGAAGCCUCCAGAAAUGAACCCUUUUGUGAAGCACUUGGCUGAAAAGCUUAAAGCUUAAUGAAGCUUCAUUUCACCAUCACUACUCUGUAGUAUGCAUGCUGAGCGGUGUUCAUUUCAUUGUUUCGUCUGGGCUGAGCAUGUGUCCUCAUGAGUCUGCUGGCUGGGUUACAAAACUAGUAGAGCAACAGGAAAAAAAUAAAAAUAACAACACUUACAUUCUGACAUACAUCUCUCACACUGCACAGAAUAGAGAAACAUGACUCAGGAAAAUGUGAAUUUUACAAAAGUUACGAGUCAUGAAAGUCAUUUUUCUUACAAUAUCUGACAGCAACAGAUGAAGAUAAGAUGAUAUAGUUUAGUCCUCAAUUCAGUUUAUCAGUUACUCCUAAACUCCUUAAAAUAAAGAAGGGGUUUCUGGUCUAGGUACGACUAAUGGAUACAUGUGCUCACAUAUUAAUUUGAAAUAGUUAUGUUUUUAACUUAUAGCCAGAUUAUUAUUGCUUUCUUUGCUUCUCACAUUACUAAAGAAAAUAACUGCAUGGACACUGCUGAUAUAUUCCACUCGUAUCCUGAAGGAGGAGCAAGUGAUGAGGAGCUCGACAGAGAAAGUGAAACUAUUACAGCAGGAUCUGUUUCGUCAGACGAGGAAGUAAACUACAUUAAGAGAGAAAAACACGGUCAUUACUGAGGACUGACUGUUGAGACAGAGCUGGAUUUGAGAAAAUUAUUACUGAGAUGAUUAAUAACUCACUCUGAGGAUCAACAUCUGUAUCUGCUUUUAGAUGAAACCAUGGCCUCCAGAAUGAAUCUCUCUGAAGAACAUCACACACAGAUAAAGACAGUCAAGAGUCAGAUUCAGGGGGAUGAAUCAGGUUUAGCUGAACACAUCGAUGUGUCUGUGAGGAAACAUCCUUCAGAUCUCUGCAGAGAGGAAGACUCUUCUGUUGAGUCCAGUCUGUGUGAGAAUGAAUCUCCUGAACCCAGCUGUGUGUCCAUGAAGAGUGACGCGUCAAUGGAUCGUCCAAUGCAUUUCAGCUCGGGAGACUCAUCUGCUGAUCUGAGUAAAAAACAUGAAGGACCAGAAUCACAUUCAGCAAAGAAGAACUUAGACUCCAUUUUCAAGGAGCUUGAGCACAAAAUCAUCUCUGUGAUGAAGAGUGAGCUGAAAAGCUUUAAGAAACUACUGAGUCCAGAUUACCCAGAAUGCUCUGAAAGAGACCAUCAUGAUGACGAGGGUCAUAACAGAGUCAGAGAGGGGCUUCUGAAGAUCACACUGUUGAUCCUGAGGAAGAUGAACCAGACAGACCUCGCUAACACACUACAGACCAAACUGAUGCCUGUGUAUCAACAAAAACUCAGAUCCAGACUACAGGAUAAAUAUCAGAGAAUCAGUGAAGGAAUGUCCAAUCAUGGAGACUCAACACAUCUGAAUGAGAUCUACACAGAGCUGUACAUCACAGAGGGAGGCAGUGGAGAGGUCAAUAAUGAACAUGAGGUGAGACAGAUUGAGACAGUGUCCAGGAGACCAGAGACACAGGAGACACCAAUCAACUGCAACGACAUAUUUAAACCCUCACCUGGACAAGACAAACCCAUCAGAACUGUGCUGACUAAAGGAGUCGCUGGAAUUGGAAAAACAGUCUCUGUGCAGAAGUUCAUCCUGGACUGGGCCGAAGGAAAAGCCAAUCAGGACGUUCAUUUCAUAUUUCCACUUCCUUUCAGGGAGCUGAACCUGAUACAGAAAAAUCUCAGUCUUGUGGAUCUUCUGAACCACCUUCACACAGAAACCAAAGAAUUUAAUUCAGCAGUUUAUGACAAGUACAAAGUCAUGUUCAUAUUUGAUGGUCUGGAUGAGUGUCGACUACGUCUAGAUUUCCAAAACAAUCGUAGCUUGUCUGAUGUAACAGAAUCAGCCUCAGUGGAUGUGCUGCUGACCAACCUCAUCGAGGGAAACCUACUUCCUUCUGCUCUCCUCUGGAUCACCUCUCGACCAGCAGCAGCCAAUCAGAUCCCUCCUGAGUGUGUCCACCAGGUCACAGAGGUACGAGGAUUCAACGACCCUCAGAAGGAGGAAUAUUUCAGGAAGAGAAUAAAUGAUCCGAGUCUGGCUGAUAGGAUCGUCACACACAUCCGAUCAUCAAGAAGUCUGUUCAUCAUGUGUCACAUCCCAGUCUUCUGCUGGAUUUCAGCCGCUGUUCUGGAGAGGAUGAUGGGUAAAGCAGAGCGUGCAGAGAUCCCCAAGACUCUCACACAGAUGUUCACACACUUCCUGAUCUUUCAGACCAAACUGAAGACACAGAAGUAUGAUGGGAAAUAUGACAUCGACUCUGAUCAGGCUAGAAAGACUAUUCUGUCUCUAGGAAAACUGGCUUUUGAACAGCUGGAAACAGGGAACCUGAUCUUCUAUGAGGAGGACCUGAAAGAGAGCGGCAUUGAUGUCAGAGAAGUGUCCGUGUACUCAGGAGUUUGUACCCAGAUCUUCAGAGAGGAGUCUGGACUGCAGCUGGGGAAGGUGUACAGCUUUGUUCAUCUGAGUAUUCAGGAGUUUCUUGCUGCUUUAUUCAAGCUGCUGUCCUUUUCUGAACAAAACACAGGACUGAAGAAUGAGUUCAGGUCACCAAUGACCAGUUUACUGAAGAGAGAAGUGGACAAGGCCUUACAGAGUGAGAACCGACACUGGGACCUUUUCCUCCGGUUCCUUCUAGGUCUCUCACUAGAGUCUAAUCAGACUCUCUUACAAGGCCUCCUGAGAAAGACAGUAAGCAGCUCUCAGAUCAAUCAGGAAACAGCUGAAUACAUCAAACAGAAGAUCAGAGAGAAUCGCUCUCCAGAGAAAUCCAUCAAUCUGUUCCACUGUCUGAAUGAACUGAAUGAUCGUUCACUGGAGCAGCAGGUACAAACAUACCUGAGAGGAACAGAUAUCUGUCGUCUCUCUGGAGUCUCUCUGUCUGCUGCUCAGUGGUCGGCUCUGGUGUUUGUGCUGCUGAACUCAGAAGAAGAGCUGGAUGAGUUUAAUCUGAGUAAAUAUGAUCGAUCAGAAGAGUGUCUCCUGAGGCUGCUGCCAGUGAUCAAAGCAUCUAGAAAGGCUGAUCUUUCCUUCUGUUAUAUUACAGAGAAAGGCUUUGCUGCUCUGAGUUCAGCUCUGAGAUCAAACCCCUCACACCUGACAGAACUGAAUCUGAGCUAUAAUACACCAGGAGACUCAGGAGUGAAGCUGCUUUCUGCUCUACUGGAGGAUCCACACUGUAAACUGAAGAAACUAGAGCUGAUUAACUGCAGUAUUGGAGAGGAAGGCUGUGCUGCUCUGAUUUCAGCUCUGAGAUCAAACUCCUCACACCUGACAGAACUGGAUCUGAGCGGUAAUACACCAGGAGACUCAGGAGUGAAGCUGCUUUCUGCUCUACUGGAGGAUCCACGCUGUAAACUGAAGAAACUACAUAUUUGACAGUGGAAACUCCACAAGCUCCAAACAAGUGAAUCAAAACAACACGUCCUGAACAAGACUGUCUCCUGGACAUUAAUGCUGAUACUGAUCCAGCAGUUUCAUAUGUGAAGGAUUUUGUUAUUAAUUUUCAUUCAGCCUACAUUUUUUUCCAGUCUCAUGGGAACAUUUUUUAAAUAAGUAGAUUGGACAUACUAACUGCACUUUAAAUGUUUAGUGUGAAAUUACAGUAUAUUCCAGGUUAAUAACUGCAUGACUUUCACAGUAAUUUCACAGCGGGACUUCUCUUGUAUCUAACUGCACUCUCAGAAAUUUCUUGUAAACAAACAGCAUCAUACUGUGUUUCAACAGUUCAUAUGUACGAUGAAGGUUCCCAGCAUGCAAUGCAGCACGAAUAGAUCACGCUGUAGAGUUUAAUUUUUUUUAAUUCUUGUUGGUUUUAUUUGUGCUGUUGAACUUGUUUUUUGGUUCACUUUUAGCAGUUUGUGUUGUUGGUUUAUUUUGUAAUGUUGUGUUUAUUUGAGUGUUACCAUUGCUGUGUUUUGUAUGUCGAGUAUUGCUGUCACAUUUCUGAAUACAGUAAUAUAUUGUAAAAUAAUACUGUUUAAUCCUGUAAUUUUCUGGCAAUUUUUUUAGUAUAGAUAGAUAGAUAGAUAGAUAGACAGACUUUGUAUAUUUUAGGAUUUUGUAUAUUGUGAUUAUGUAGUUGUAAUGAAAUUCAUGGCCAUAUUGACAUCCCCCACUUAAAAUUUUCAUUUAAUUAUUAUUAUUUUAUUUUUUUUGUAUCUUCAUGAAACUUUUGUAUAUUGUUAAUAUGUAGUAGACAUGGAAAUCAUGACAUAUCACCCUUAUGUGGGGUUAACAUAUGUUUCUAAAUAUAGUACAUUAUAAUAUAAGCCUGAAGAUGACAAGAAAAUUCAUUAAAUUUAAUUCUAAAUAUAGUAUAUGACAUAUUGGGUCAAAUAUAUCUUUACCUCUGAAAAGCACGUUGUAGUUUUUUUUUUUUUUCUUUCUGUGUUUAAGGGAUAUUCCACCCCAAAAUUAAAAUUUUGUCAUUAAUCACUUACCCCCAUGUCAUUCCAAACCCGUGAAAGCUUCAUUCGUCUUCGGAACAUAAUUUGAGUUAUUUUAGAUGAUAACCGGGAAUUUAAUGAAUGGGCUCCCAAUAUGGUGGACGGUCAAAAAGUGUCAUGAGUCUGGGUCCGUGAUGAUCCCUCUCACCACCAGAGGUCGCCACCUCCCGUCUUCCUGGACUCAAUUGCCAUUACUCCACACACCUGCCACUCAUCACACUCCCAGCUGUUCCCCAUCACCAGGGACUAUUUAUACACCACACUCCCGCUACUCUGUCUGGUGGAAUUAAUAAUUGUUUGUAAGUUGUUGUAGUUGCCGGUUGUUACUCUGUGGGCACACGCACUGUGUUGCUGUCUGUUGUGUCCCGUUCUGUAACAGGUUUUCUUUUUGCCUUGUUGGCUUUUUUGUUGUUUAUUAAAGUGGCUUUUCCCUG